GCCCUUUGUCUAACACAAACUAAUUAAACAAAUUCGUCAAAUCAAUCUAACAAGUAACAACAACUCAACAUAUAUAUAAUGGAUAGGUCGUCCUUGUCCAUGGUAACUAAGACAGCAUGCCUAAUCUUGAUAAGUAUGAUGAUGAUGAUAAUGGCAGCUGAUGCGGCAGUAGCCAGGAGAAUGAUGCCAUGUCCACAGGUGAUAACAACGCUAAUGCCAUGCCUUAAUUACUUGAAGAAAGGUGGAGCCAUUCCAGUUACAUGCUGUGAUGGAGUUAAGAAACUGGCUAACUCGGCUAAGACUCAACCUGAUCGCCAGGCAGCUUGUGUGUGUCUCAAACCCGCGGCUAAGUCAUAUGGCAUCAACUAUGACCUUGCUAAUAAGCUCCCUGCUUCUUGCGGUAUUGACUACCAAAUCAACCUCAGUCCCGACAUUGAUUGCACAAGGGUCAAGUACUGAAGCAGCAAAACACGGUUUAAUAAUAAACUAUAUUUAUACAAUAAGGAUGGAGUUCAGCUUAUUUUCCCCCUUUAUUACGGGGCGAUCAUGAAGAUGAGGACAACCAUGUACUUCGUAUUUGUUAUUAGAAAGAAACUACUGGCAAUGUUAUACAUAAAUAAAAAUGUAAUCUAUGUUAUAUUGUAUUACUACACCAAGUAUAAAGUAUCAUAUACUUGUAUAUCCGAGUUAAAUCUAUUGUAUAAUCAAAUUAAUGUGUUGAGAAAUACGCAUUUGUGACACAUACCACGGGAAGAAAAAAAUACAUUAUUUGGUAAUAUGUAUAGACCGGCUGUAAGUUGUAACAUGUACUCAGCUAGUCAGCUAUAUAUGGUGUCUAUGUAUAUCCUUUAUAUAUAUUUCGAUAUUAUAGUUGAACCAUAAA